CUCUCCUAUUGAGGAAAGAAUGUUACCUUGGGUCUUUCUUCUCUCACUGGCAACUUCCAUCUCAGCCCAGCGCUUGAGUGGGCAGGUGGGAUCAGCCUUCUUCACUACAACCAAUGAUCAUGUUGCCUUUAGAAUCGACAAUGAAGCAGGUGAGAUGGUGUUAGGUGGGACUCUGGGCCUGUUGGUAGGUGAUAUGAGCACAGCUAUGGAAUGCUCAGAUGGUGACCUCUGCUUUUCUUUUGCAAAUGGACAGCGAUUGAUUGCAACAGCAGAGGACCACUGUGUUCGUAUAGAUUGGGAAGAUGACACACCAGCUGAUGAGUACAAGGACUGCUUUCAGAUUGAAAAUGGCAAUCACUGGUAUGGAGGUGGGGGACAGCGAUACCAGCCAUGGCCCAUUGAGAAGCGUAAUGUCACUAAUGCCCCAUUUGUGGCCCAGGACAUGUUGGGAAUGGGAGAAUAUGGUGGAGUCCUGGAAGAAUACUGGCUAUCAACAAGAGGUGCUUCCCUCCAUGUUGACAAGCAGGUUCCUUUAUUUUUCAGCAUCGAUACCAGUACCCUAUGCUUCCAAGCACGUGUAGCAUUCCCCUUUAGAGGGGAUGAAGCACGGCUUGGAUACUUUGUCUGCAGUGGAACUGACAUGCUUGCCCUUCAUAAUGCCAACAUUGACAAAUUCUUGCCAAAGCCAUCUGGAAUCCCAGAUGAACUUAUGUUUCGAUAUCCCAUAUGGUCCACAUGGGCCCGAUACAAAACUGUUAUCAACCAAACCAUUGUAAUGCAGUUUAGCCAGGAGAUUCUAGACAAUGAGUAUCCCAACUCCCAGCUGGAGAUUGAUGAUAAAUGGGAGCCCUGCUAUGGUGACUAUUACUUUGAUCCGGUCAAGUUCCCUGACCCAGCCACCAUGGUCCAAGAACUCAAGGAUGCUGGUUUCCGUGUCACACUCUGGAUUCAUCCAUUCUCCAACAACUGGUGCGAUUCAUUUGAUGAACAUCCUCAGUACUUCAUCAAGGACUCAGCUGGAGAUGUAGGCUUAACAACAUGGUGGGCAGGAAUAUUAGCUGGGACACUAGAUCCAACUAACCCUGCCACAGUCCAAUGGUUUUUUGAUACUCUGAAUGCCCUCCGUGAUACAGUAGGAAUUGAUAACUUCAAAUUUGAUGCUGGGGAGACUAACUGGCUCCCACUUGAUUUUGUUAUUGAUGUAGAAGAGUCUCUCAUACCAGAUGGCUAUACUAAAGCAUAUGUUGAGAUGGUAGCCCCAUUUGGUCCUAUGCUGGAGGUCCGUGUUGGACGGGCAACACAGGAGAAACCUUUCUGGGUCCGGAUGAUUGACAAGAAUUCAGUGUGGACCGGAGACAUUGCAGGGUUCGACACCCUCAUCCCUACCCUCCUGCAGUUUGGUCUCAUUGGCUACCCAUUUGUCCUCCCAGACAUGGUUGGUGGGAAUGCAUAUUCGGGUGAUGAAGCAGACAAGGAGCUGUUCAUCCGAUGGCUUCAGGUCAAUGUGUUCAUGCCAACCAUCCAGUUCUCCCUUACACCUUGGGACUACGAUGAGGAGACCAUUGAAAUCUGCCGACAGAUGGUGGAGCUCCAUGCAACCUAUGCAGACACCAUGAUAGCCUUGGCAAGAGAGGCAACAACAACUGGACAUCCCAUUAACCGACCCCUCUGGUGGGUUGACCCUACUGAUCCGGAGACCUUCACCAUUGAUUCUGAAUUCCUCUUGGGAGAUGAUAUCCUGGUAGCACCAGUGGUGGAGCAAGGGAAAGUGACACGAGAUAUCUACCUCCCGGUGGGGCAGUGGCAGGAUGAAGCUGAUCCAGAGCAUCCCACUUACUCUGGUCCAAUGUGGCUCACUGACUAUCCAGCACCUCUCAACGUCCUACCUUAUUUCACUCGCAUGUCUCCCUAAGAUCAGAUGGCCAGUCAAAGAUGAAAGCAAGGAUCCUUUAAUGAGUCAAUCUAAAAUGCGGUUCAUUAUCUAUAAUAAAUUUCCAAAUUGAGACUCAGUGAAUACUCAAGGAGUUAACUUCAUGCCAACG